AUGGUCGCUAUUCUGUCCGCCGAGUUGCUCAACGCGAUCCUGCCCGCCUCGCUGCCGGCCGCCACACGUGACGGCGUACGGCCUCGCAACGCGCAGCUGUGCACGCUCGCUCAGCUCGACCGCACCUGGCAGAGGUUCGCGCAGGCCCAGUUGGAGGACUGUCUCAGAUUGAGGGGCGAGCAUUUCCGCAAGUUGGAGCAGGAGCACCCGGACAGGUCCCCGUCGCCGACCGCGGAGAGGAGGAGGGCUGACUCGAGUCUCGGCAGGCACGCGGCGGAGAGGGCACGUGAUGCGGGGGAGCGUGGCAGGGGCUCGCCAUUCAGGAGCUCCAGUUCGGCGUGUCAUACGGAUACGGAUCGGGAUGACGGUCAAGCGCAAGAGCGAGGUCGUUCGUUGCUGCGUCGUACUACGAGCCACCAUAAGAGGACCCCGAUCGUACUCCCCGGUGGGGCGAGGGAACGGGCGAGCAAGGUCAAGACGUUGGUCAUCGACAAGUGCCUCGACCAGCAGCGCUACUCGGUCGUCAAGAGGUCCUUGGCGGCGUUCGAUCAGGUCGAAAAAGUCUACCUUGCCGGCACGGGCGAGUGGUACGCACUAACGAGUUUAAACGAGUUGCCGAGUGAGUGGAUGCUCUCGACUAGGUUACCAUAAUUCUUGGAAGUUCCUACUGAUCGAAAGGUCGUGUUUGUCCCGCUAAAACAGACCUGACCUCGCUUCACCUCGCGCGAGUCUACCACGCCUUGCCGCCGUCACAACCCUUUAGCUCAUUGACGACACUCUCGAUCAGUUUCGGUCUACCCAAACACGUCGACUGGGCUUUGCUGCGCGCGAGGUUGCUCCCUGCGUUGAAGACAUUCAUCCUGCACCCGGUCGACUGGGACUUUAUCCAAGAGCAAGGCGCGACCUUCUACCCCGCGUUCGAAGAGAUCGCACCUCAACUCGAGGCCGUGCUCUUUGCCGGACAAGACCAUCGCUUGGACGAGCCCGUCGAUUGGGCGAGGAUGAUGAGGAGAUUGAACAAGGUCAAGGUGUUGGAAUUGAGGUUGACGAGUGGCGAGGCGUUGAAAAGCGUCGAGGGGCUUUGGAACACUGAGGACGAGGGAGAGCACGUUCAAGGCGAGCUGAGGCUCGGAUCCAAGAUGAUGACCAACGGCAGACUGAGAGAACUGCUGUUCCCCAUGGAAGAAGCUGCGGUGGAUCAGGACGAGGUCAUGGUGCCGAGAACGAGGCUGAGGGGUCUGCAAAAGCUGUGCUUGCCCGAGGUGGGCGGCGGCGAGGUCUGGAGGAGGACCAAGACUUCGAUCGACUUCGACCGAGAGGACAGGGAAGCGGCCAAGAAGUGGUGUGCCUUGUACGGGGUCGAGUUGUCGUGGACUCGCGAGGACGAGUGCGAGUUGGUCGAAGAGUGGAAGGCUUGA